CUUCCAGUUUUUCCACAAGUUUUGUGUCGCAUCAAAGCCCUCAAAUUCGACUGAGCACUGGAAUAGCUUUUAGUACUGUUGACGAUUUGAGGAGUUGACCAAUGAGUACGCAAAGGAGUGAAUGCUGUGCCAGAUUCAUCAGCUUAGGACGCAUCUGCACGCACGGCUCGUUAUGUCCGAGAACUUCGACUGUCCUUCAAACUGGUCUGGCAUGGCCUGCACUGGGUGUGUGGCAUAAGCGCUAUGCCGUCUCUACGAUGCCUUUGUCGAAAGUACAUAAGAUCUGAGUGUCCAACCGUGUUAUCUCAUAUUUCAGCCUAUGUGAAAGUAUCUCGCAAGCUCUCUUGCUCUCAUCCAUCCAUCUACUCAGUAUCUCCAGGAACACUUCAACAAGGUACUGCCUGAGCGACCAUGAACAUCUCCACCGUCAGCCCGCCCUCUCAAGCCCUAGCCCUCGUCUCCGGGGCCCAAAAAGCCUCAACCUACGAAACAACGGGCGGUCUCGUAACCGCCCAAUUUGCCUCUCACAACCUGUCCCUCAUCCCGCCCAUCCAAGAGGGCGCCAUCAUCCACGACAACGCCUGCGGGUCCGGCACCGUCUCGCGCGCCCUCAUCUAUUCCCCGAACUUACCCUCAGACCUAAAAAUCCACGCCACAGACAUCGACUCGCCCUUCCUCUCCGCGCUCCAACAUGAGGUCGACCAGCACCACUGGCCCAUCAGCGUGACAAACCAGAAAAGCGAGUCCCUGGACUUUGCAGAUAACACGUUCACUCAUUCUGUGACCAACAUCGCUAUCUUCUUCACUAGCAGCUCUGGUCUCGAUGGCGCAAGGGAAAUCUACCGCACGCUGCAGCCCGGUGGCAUCGCGGUGGUGAAUUGCUGGGCCCAUGUGACGUGGCUCCUGCCUGUGCGCGCGGUGCACGAGCAUAUUCGCCCGGGGAAGCCGUUUCCGACGCCGGUUGUUGCGUGGCAUGACGGGAAACACAUCCAGAAGGUGAUGAGGGAUGCAGGGUUCAGGAAGGAGGACAUGCGGAUCGAGAAGAGCGAUGCGUGGGCGGUGAUGAAGAGGAGUUUGUUGAGGGAGUGGGCGGAGAAGAGCUGGGCGUAUCUGGGUGGGAUUGCGGGGUGGCUUGAGGGUGACCAGGAGACGUGGGAUGAAGCUGUAGACAAGUUAGUGGAGCUCUUGUUGGUCCAGCCUGGGACGGUGGCUGAGGGCGAUUAGGUCAGGAUGAACGCUAGCCAGUGGGUUGUUAUUGCGAAGAAGUAAGGCAAGGAAGAUGAUUGCUAGCCAGUGUUGAGAAGGUCGUCUUUUCAAUAGUACAUUAUCUAUCAGACAUCAAGACUUUUGGGCUUCAAAGACCAAGCAAA